AUGCUCUUCGCUGCCCUAGCACCGUCGGUCCUUGGAGCGGCAGUCAAGGCUAGAGUCUACAACUCUUCUCCUGCUGUUGAGCUUCAGAACGGCACCUACUACGGCAUCCACAGCUCGACCUAUAAGCAGGACUUCUUCCUCGGCAUGCCGUACGCCCAACCGCCACUGGGUAACCUGCGCUUCCGUCAUCCUCAGCCGCUCAAUACCACCUGGGACGAGCCUCGCAAUGCCACGACCUACCAGACGCCCUGCUACGGCUAUCCCUAUCCCGUUGGGCCUCUCCUUGGCGGCAGCGACGACUGCCUGACUAUCAACGUCGUGCGCCCUGCAGGGACCGAUGCUGAUGCGAAGCUUCCUGUAGCUUUCUGGAUCCACGGCGGGGGCCUCGUCAGCGGCUCCAAUUCGGACCCUAUAACGAACCUGACCUUCAUCGUACAAGAAUCGAUCAAAAUGGGUCAGCCGAUCAUCGCCGCGAGUAUCAACUAUCGUCUACAUGCCUGGGGCUUCCUAUGGGGCGCCGCUUUAGAGGCUGGUAAAUUGGGAAACCUAGGCUUCAGGGACCAGCGACUUGCUAUGCAGUGGGUGCAGGAGAACAUCCCAGCCUUCGGAGGCGACCCAGACAAGGUGACAAUCUGGGGCCAGAGCGGAGGCGCCCGAGCUGUUGCCACUCAUCUGACAGCUUUUGGCGGACGUGAUGAUAAGCUGUUCAGGGCAGCCGUCAUGCAAAGCGGCACUGGUUUCCCUACCGACUUUGGUGAGAUCAGACCUCCUCAGUCGACGACGUGGGAAGACGCAUACGAAUCGCUCCUCAGCAAGACUGGGUGCGAAGGUGCCUCGGAUUCCCUGCAAUGUCUCCGCGAAGUGCCCUCUCACCAGCUAGCUUUGAUCUUUGCCGACGUUGCGUUCCCGCCUUUUCUCGACAUUGUUGACGGCGACUUUGUCCAGCAGCCACGGGUUACGCUUCUUCGAGAGGGCAAGUUUGUCCACGUUCCCGUCCUGACCGGUACCACGAUCGACGACGGCGACUACUUCUCGAAACAGGGCAUCAACACAACAGAACAGUGGGAGGACUGGCUUGUCGCUGGGGGCGCCGGUGAUGCCACAAUUGAGGCUAUCUCGGCACUAUACCCUGACAUCCCGCGGCUUGGCCUUCCGUCCACCUACCCGGGUCGGCCGACAGGCAAAGAUGCAUCAUACGGUUCAAUGUGGAAGCGGGCAAUGGCAUUUGGUGGUGAUAGAGCCAUGCAGGCUCCUCGUCGAGCAUGGGCGCGGGCUUGGACCGAGGCUGGCGUGCCAGUGUACAGCUACCGCUUCGACCAGGUUACGGGUGACAGGCCUGCGGUACAGGGCGUUGGCCACUCGGCAGAGCUCAAGUUUGUCUUUGGGGCGCCUGUAGGCAGCUUGUUUCCGCAAGAGCAUGAGGAAUUGAAGAACCUGUCCCAUCAGAUGAAGAGGCGCUGGGUCAGCUUCGUCAACCACAUGGAACCGAAUGUGGGUUACGGCACGGGGGCAAAGUGGCCAGUAUACUCGCUUAAGAACCCGGAGAACCUGAUAUUUGAUGCUGAUAAGCCCAGUUCAACAUAUAUACAGGCUGAUACUUUCCGGGUUGAACAAUUUGAAUAUUUGAAUAAGAAGUUGUGGAAGGUGGGAUUGGAGGCGAGUGAAAUGACUGACGAGCAAGGAAGAAAUGAAAUCUAA